GAAGCUCUUUAUAGGAGACGAGACAAGAAACUUAAUGUUUCUCUCGGUUUCCACUUCAUAUUCGCCUUGUGGCCGACUGCUAUUCUCCUCGCACACCUCUGGAAAACUGUGGAUCCUAAACCCUGUAACAAUAAUAUGGGGCUUUUAAAGUUAUCCGAGACGUAGAGUUUCUACUGUUAUUUAUAUACGAUUAGAGAUCUGCGCUCUCUCCGAGUUCCUCAUGGAAUCGGCUGUUGCGUCGGGAUGCGAGACUUGAAGCAUUUCUGAUUAGAUGGAGGGUUAAAUCGGUAUUCCCCGCAUCCAGCUGAUCUAUUUCAACAAGAGGGUCGUUGCUCUGCGAGAUCAAGGCUAUAACUUGAUUGCGGUCUUCGCCUGGAUUUCGUUUUCGCUGCGGAAGAAAGAAGCGGUCGAGCCAGCGAAGAUGGAAGACGGUCCGAGGUCUCACACGGUCAUCACUACCAGCAGCUCGUACUUGGAAAACUUCUCCACCUCGACGCUGGCGUAUGACAAACAGUUCAUUCACACUGCUCCGGGGAUCCUCGUGUUCGCCGAAAUCGUCCUUGGCCUGCUGGUUUGGACACUGAUUGCGGGGACGGAGUAUUUCCGGGUGCCAGCAUUCGGCUGGGUGAUGUUUGUAGCAGUGUUCUACUGGGUGCUGACCGUGUUCCUCCUCAUCAUUUACCUGACCAGGGCUCACAGCAGGAUUCCUCAGGUCCCGUGGAGGACAGUGGGCCUGUGCUUUAACGGCAGUGCCUUCGUCCUGUACUUUAUCGCCGCUGUGGUGGAUGCAGUGUCUGUCAAAGCAGCCCCACGCAGUGGGUACAACUUUAACAGCUGGGCUGCCUCCUCGUUCUUUGCAUUUUUAGUAGCCCUGUGCUAUGGAGGAAACACAUACUUCAGUUUUAGAUCCUGGAGAGCAGGGGAUGAGGACAACUGACAUCUUCAUUUACAUAGCAGUUUAAUACCCGAGGAAGGCACUUGGACACCUAUGACCUGUCGGACAAAGAAUAUUUAAACAACUUUUCGUCAUCAGACAGCAUAUUAAAGCA